UUCAAGUUUUUUGUUAAUGUGACAACAAUGGUGUCGUCUCAACACUCUCCGUUCAUAACCCGCACUAUAUUCUCUGAUGUUGCUGGGGAUAUUACAAUUGCUGUAAAUGGAGAGUCUUUCCUGCUGCAUAAGUUUCCUUUGGUGUCUCUGAGUGGAAAGAUCCGGAAGAUGGUGGCUGAUGCCAAAGACCCAAAUCUCUCAGAAUUGAAUUUAACUCAUGUACCUGGGGGGCCUAAAACAUUUGAACUAGCUGCAAAGUUUUGUUAUGGCAUGAACUUUGAGAUCACAACUACGAAUGUAGCACGUUUGCAUUGUGUGGCAGAAUACUUGGAAAUGACAGAAGAUUAUCGUGAAGAGAACCUCAUUGCAAGAACAGAAACUUUCCUUGUUGAAGUUGUGUUUCCGAAUCUUGAAAAAACGGUGGAGGUUCUUUCUUCUUGUGAUGACCUGCUUCCUAUUGCAGAGGAGGUUGGUAUUUCAGAUAGAUGCAUUGAUGCCAUUGCCAGGAAUGCUUGUCAGGAGCAACUUGUUUCAGGUCUAUCUCGUUUAGAUUGUGAUAGUGGAUCUUUGGAACACAAGGAAUGGUGGAUCGAAGAUCUUUCUGUUCUAAGCAUUGAUUUUUAUGGCAGAGUUAUCAUGGCAAUGGGACAUGUUGGGUUACACAUAGAUAGCAUAAUUGCAUCCUUGAUGCAUUAUGCACAGGUCUCUCUAAAGGGUAUUGGGAAACCGCAAAUUUGGAAUCCAGCGAGAGCAUAUCCAUGUAAAGGAGAAAAGGGGCAGAAAACAGUUGUAGAAACUCUUGUUAGUCUAUUGCCUCCAGAGAAGAGUUCAACUGUUCCGCUGAAUUUUCUUUUUGGGAUGUUGAGGAUAGCUAUCAUGGUGGAUGCCGCCCUAGCCUGCAGGCUUGAAAUUGAGAGGAGGAUUGCCUUCAGGUUGGAAAUGGUCUUACUUGACGAUUUGCUUAUACCAUCUGUCCAAACGGGUGAUUCUUUGUUUGAUGUUGACACUGUCAAGCACAUAUUGAUACAUUUCCUCCAAAGGAUUGACCAAGAAGAAAAUGGAGAUUGUGGAUAUGAAUCAGAAAAUAUUGAUUCUCCAAGCCAUGGUUCUCUAUUGAAAGUUGGACGGCUUAUAGACACGUAUCUAGCUGAAAUAGCUCCUGAUCCAUAUUUGAGCCUUGAGAAAUUCAUUGCUAUGAUAUCAGUUUUGCCUGAUUAUGCUCGUGUUAUUGAUGACGGACUUUACAGAGCUAUUGAUAUUUAUUUGAAGGCCCAUCCGAUGCUAAGUGAGCACGAUUGCAAAAAGCUAUGCGAAUUCAUAGAUUGUCAAAAGCUGUCUCAAGAAGCAUGCAAUCAUGCAGCACAGAAUGACAGGCUCCCAGUUCAAAUGACUGUCCAAGUUCUCUACUUUGAGCAGCUCCGACUAAAGAAUGCUCUAUGCGAAAGUUGUGGAGAUACACAAAAGAUGAGCAGCGGUGUUACAAGUGCAGCCAUGUCUCCUAGAGAUUCUUAUGCAUCUUUAAGGAGAGAGAACCGAGAACUGAAGUUGGAGAUAUCAAGAAUGAGGGUGAGGCUAAGUGACCUGGAGAAAGAACAAGUGUUUAUGAAACAAGGGAUGAUAGACAAAACAGGACAGGGCAAAACAUUCUUAACUUCCCUUUCUAGAGGUAUAGGAAGGCUUGGUAUAUUUGGUGGUCCUUCUCACGGUAAACGUAGGAAAUCAGAAGGUAAAACUGCUAGGAGUAGGAGGUAUUCUGUUUCCUAAAACAAUUUGUAAAUUCAAGAG